AUGGAUGAAAUUACAGAUCAAUUUCGAACAGAAGAUGCUGAAGAAUUUAAACAAUUACAAGCAGAACUUGAAAUUGCUGCUAAAAAUUGUCGUAUUCUUCAAUUCAAAUUACGUAAAGCAGAAAAACGAAAUGAAAAUAUGGAAGCUGAAAAAGCAACAUUAGAAGAAAAAAUUCAACAAUUAACCCGUGAUCAUUAUCGAGUUCGUGAUCUUGAUGAAGAAUUAUUAAUUGCAAAAGAAGUUAGUGUUCGAUUACAUAGUGAACUUGAAAAAAGUGAAGAAUCAAGAAUGAUAACUGAAAAAUUAAAUAUGACACUUAAACAACAUUUAGAUACACUUAAAGAAUCAUUUGAUCAAAAAUUAUCAACAGAAAUAAAUGAUGAUUAUCAUUCAUGGCAAUUAUCUGUUUCUUUAUAUGAAUCACUUUUUCGUGAAUAUGUACUUGUGGAAGAAUUAACAUGGUUAAAUUCAAAUACAAAUAAAAAAAAUCUUAAUAAAAAAUCUUCAACAAAUACAAAUGGACAUGAUAUAUCAGAUUUAAUGAAUUCAUAUCAACAAAAAAUUUCUAUACUUAAUGAUGAAAUAAAUCAACUUAAACAAGAUGUAAUUAAUCGUGAUACUGAAUUAUCACAAUUACGUAUACAAAAUAAAAUUUUAAAACAACGUAGUCGAAGUGUCGAACGAACAAUUAAUUCUAAUAGUAAUGAUUAUUCAAAUGAUGAUGGUGGAAAAGAUAUGAAUCGUUUACGACGUGGUGUUAGUGUUGAUGGUGGUGGAAAUUUACGUGAACAAUUAGAUACAGCAUUCGAUGAAAUACGUUUAUUAAAAAAUAAAUUAUUAAGAUUAGAAGAUGAAUUAAAUAAUUCAGCUUUGGAAAAAGAAACACUUUUAGUUAAACUUGAUGAUCAAUCUAAACAAGGUGUAGAUGAUACAAUUCAUGAAGAUCUUCAUUUAUUUACUGAUAAAAUUGAUAAUCUGAUAACAUUUAUGAAAGAGAAUAAAUUAGAUGAAAAGAUUAUUGGUGAUUUAAAACAAUCAUUACGUCCAUCUCGAUGGAAUAAACAAAUUCUUGAUGAUGAAACACAAUCAACAAUAAUCAAAACUAAUCAACAAACUUCAGAAAUCUUUCAACAAGCAAAUGAAUUUUUAACUCUUUUACAAAAUAAACAUGAAAUUCUUGAUAAAAUUCGUUAUCGUUUAACAAAUUUAACAUAUGAUGCAAGUGAUACAUGUACAUUAUUAGAAGAACUUGAUACAACAAAACAUGAAUUAGAAGAAAAACAACAACAAUGUCAACAAUUACAAACAACAAUUGAUAAUCUUCAAAUAUCAUCAAAAAAUUUUGAAGAAGAUAUUCAAAAUCAUUUAAAAAUAAAUCAAACACUUGAAAAAAAUCUUGAAAAACAAAAAUCAAUUAAUAAUGAAUUACAAAAAGACAAUACACGUUUAUCAACAUUAAAUGCUAAACAAUUACAAGAUUUACGACAUAUUGAACAAUUACGUCAAUCAAUAAUAACAUUUGAAAAAAAACUUGAUCAAAAACAAACACGUGUUAAUGAAUUAUCAAUGAAAAUUAUUGAAAAAGAAGAUAUUAUUGAAACAAAAGUCAAAGAAUGUCAAAAACAUCGAUUAGAAUUACGUGAACUUGAAUCAAAAUAUUAUACAUUAGGAAAACAAUUAGAAGAACAAAUUAUUGCAAUGUCUAAAGAAAUGGAAAAAUUAAAUAUUGAAAAAGAAAUGUUAAAAUUUGAUCUUGAAUCUGUACGAUUAAAUCAACAUCAUGAUCGACCAAAAUCAACAGCAAUAGAAGAUGAAAUAGCACGUAUAAAAAUUGAAUGUCGUCAACAAAUAAUGGAUGGUGAAAUUGAAUCUUAUAAACUUCGUAUAAAUCAAUUAAAUUAUGAAAAAGAUGAUUUAUUAAAAACAACAAAAGAUCUUGAAAAAAAAUAUAAAGAAUUACAAAUAAAAUAUGAUGCUGAUGAACAAUCAUGGAUACGUGUUAAAACAGAUAUGUCUGAAAAACAACGCAAAUAUGAUGAUAGUAUUAAAAUAAAAUCUGAAUUACAAAAUGCUGUUGAUCGUCUUCGUCAAAAAUUAUAUGAUCUUGAACUUCAUAGUCAAGAAAAACAAAAUAAAUAUAAUAUUGAUAAACAACAAUGGGAUGUACAACGAACAGAAUUAACUGGAAAGAUAAAUGAAUUAGAAGAACAAUUAUCUAAAGUAACAAAACGUCAACGAAAAGAUCUUGAUACAGCAUGGAAAAAAGAACGAAAUGAUUUACAAAAACAAAUUCAACAAUCACAACAAUUAAUAAAAGAUUUACAAAAACAAAUAACUAAUCGUGAAGUACCAAUACAUUUAACAGAAAAAAUAAAUGUUUUAAUAACUGAAAAUGAAUUAUUAUUAAGUAAAAUAAAAGAACUUGAAAUUGUUGUUGAUGAUGUUAAAUUGCUUAAAUCUGAAAUGCAACGUUUACGUGAUAAAAAUUCAUCUGAUUGGAAUUAUUGGAGAAAACAACAAAGUGAUUUGUAUGCACAAUUAAGACAACAACAUAAUAUUAGAGAAUCAAUUUUAUACAAAUUUGAUCGAUUACAAAAACAGGUAAAGAAUUUAUUAUAUGUAUAUAGAGUA